UAGAUGGAAAUUUUACUUUCUUCAACAAAGUGUUCACUUACCCUUGCAUUUUCUUUCUUUACUUUCAUUUCUUCUCUUAGUAGUAUGCAGAAUGGUACCGAUAUCAGCCCGAUAGGGCCACCGGCACCGCCAUCGGGUGUCUCGAUGCCACGGUUGGUCUUUGAAGACCAGAGACUCGCCGUUGUUUACCCGGUAAUCCAAGCAUUCAAGAAAACGAUCACCGAGGAUCCACUUAACAUAACGGCGAAUUGGGUCGGGUCGGACAUAUGCAGCUACACGGGCUUUUACUGUGACAACCCGCCGGACAAUGUAUCCGCAGUCGCCGUCGCCGGCAUUGACUUCAACGGGUUUCACUUAGCAGCCGCUACACUCCUAGGCUUCAUCGACAACCUCCCCGACCUCGCCAUCUUCCAUGCGAACUCAAACAAUUUCUCAGGCUCCGUACCGGAUGUCUCAAAGCUCCGAUAUUUCUACGAGCUGGACAUAAGCAACAAUGCCUUCUCCGGCACGUUUCCGACGACGGUCUUCAGCGUAAAAGACUUAUCGUUUCUAGACAUCCGUUUUAACUCCUUCGCCGGGGAGAUUCCACCGGAGAUUUUCAACCAACCACUCGAAGUACUCUUCAUCAACAACAACGAAUUCACAGCCAAACUGCCGGAGAACUUCGGUUCUACGCCGGUUCUUUACCUCACGUUGGCGAACAACCACUUAACCGGACCGAUCCCGCGAAGCAUCGGCAACCUUAACUCGACAUUAAUCGAGAUUCUACUACUGAGCAACAAGUUAUCAGGCUGUCUCCCUUACGAACUAGGUUUUUUGAAAGAACUCAAAGUGUUCGACGUCGAGAGAAACCUGUUAACCGGUCCACUGCCCUGCUCCUUGUCGUGCUUGGAGAAGAUCGAGCUGCUCAACUUCGCCAACAAUCUACUGUACUGGGAAGUGCCGGAGGAACUGUGUUCGCUCACGAACUUGGUGAACUUGUCGCUGUCGGACAAUUUUUUCACCAAAGUCGGUCCGAUUUGCAGAAAGCUGAUAAAAAGUGGUGUUCUUGACGUGAGACAGAACUGCAUCCCCGGUUUUCCCGACCAGAAGUCGUUGCAUGAAUGUGCAGAGUUCUACUUGAAGUACAUUAAGUUGUGUCCGUACCCUUCGUCGUAUAAAAUCAUUCCUUGUAGAGAUGAUGCUGCAUGGCACCAUCAUCAUUUGGAAGGGACCAAAACGAAGACGAUGACCAAGACCAAGAAACCCCGGUUACUUACAAAACUCUUUCGAGACACAAGUUUUAAGGGUUUUGUUUUUUUAUCUUUUCAACAGGGUUUAUAUUUAGAGAUCAUAAUUGCCUUGAUCUAACAACGCACGUUAUUAUCAAAGUUGGAUUGUAGAAAAGUUAAGACAAAUGUGGAUGUAAGUGUACGCGAUUGUAGUUAUGGUCCUUUGAAUAAGCCACCAUCCAUGUAAGACUGUUAUGA